AGAAACAUAAUUACACUUCGUGUGUCACAAACUGAUAGUGGAUCUCGUGUGGCUAGCUACUGAUGAACAUUGUUCUUUUUUUUUCCACUUUGAACAACUUUUCCCAUUUCAUACAAACAGAAUUAGUAUUGCAUGCAACCAUAUGAUACAGUGUUGUACAUACACAUAUGCUAUUGAAUACGUAACGGUGUAUAUAAAUAGAGGCAGCAUGUGGUGUGUGGUGUUGUACAUUAUGUAUGCAUUUGGCGUAAGUAUAUGAGAGAGUGAGUACUACUACUGCGAAGCAAAACCAGAGAGACAUGAGAAGCUGUGUGUGUUACACGCUUUUAUUGUUUGUUUUCUUCAUAUGGCUACACGUGGCAACGUGUUCUUCGUUCAGUGACAUGGAUGCGCUGCUGAAGCUGAAGGAGUCCAUGAAGGGAGACAGAGCCAAAGACGACGCGCUCCAUGACUGGAAGUUUUCCACGUCGCUUUCUGCACACUGUUUCUUUUCAGGUGUAUCUUGCGACCAAGAACUUCGAGUUGUUGCUAUCAACGUCUCCUUUGUUCCUCUCUUCGGCCACGUUCCGCCGGAGAUCGGAGAAUUGGACAAACUUGAAAACCUCACCAUCUCGCAGAACAACCUCACCGGCGAACUUCCCAAGGAGCUCGCCGCCCUCACUUCCCUCAAGCACCUCAACAUCUCUCACAACGUCUUCUCCGGCUAUUUUCCCGGCAAAAUAAUUCUUCCGAUGACCGAACUCGAGGUCCUCGACGUCUACGACAACAACUUCACCGGAUCGCUUCCGGAAGAGUUCGUGAAACUGGAGAAAUUGAAAUACCUGAAGCUCGACGGAAACUAUUUCUCCGGAAGCAUACCGGAGAGUUACUCGGAGUUUAAGAGCUUGGAGUUUUUAAGCUUAAGCACCAAUAGCUUAUCGGGGAAUAUUCCGAAGAGUUUGUCUAAGUUGAAGACGCUGAGGAUUCUCAAGCUCGGAUACAACAACGCUUACGAAGGCGGAAUUCCACCGGAGUUCGGCACCAUGGAAUCUCUGAAAUACCUUGACCUCUCAAGCUGCAACCUCAGCGGCGAGAUUCCACCGAGUCUAGCAAAUAUGAGAAACCUCGACACGUUGUUCUUGCAAAUGAAUAACCUCACCGGAACCAUUCCGUCUGAGCUCUCCGACAUGGUGAGCCUCAUGUCACUGGAUCUCUCCUUCAACGGCCUCACCGGGGAGAUACCGACGCGCUUCUCUCAGCUGAAAAACCUCACUCUGAUGAACUUCUUCCACAACAAUCUCCGAGGCUCAGUUCCCUCCUUCGUCGGCGAGCUUCCUAAUCUGGAAACGCUGCAGCUCUGGGAGAACAAUUUCUCCUCUGAGCUCCCGCAGAACCUGGGGCAAAACGGGAAGUUCAAGUUCUUCGACGUCACGAAGAAUCACUUCAGCGGGUUGAUCCCUCGGGAUUUGUGCAAGAGUGGGAGGUUACAAACGUUCUUGAUCACAGAUAACUUCUUCCAUGGUCCAAUCCCUAACGAGAUUGCUAACUGCAAGUCUCUAACCAAGAUCCGAGCCUCCAAUAACUACCUUAACGGCGCAGUUCCGUCAGGGAUUUUCAAGCUACCUUCCGUCACGAUAAUCGAGUUGGCCAAUAACCGUUUUAACGGAGAACUGCCUCCCGAAAUUUCCGGCGAUUCACUCGGGAUUCUCACUCUUUCCAACAACUUAUUCACUGGGAAAAUUCCCCCAGCGUUGAAGAACUUAAGGGCACUGCAGACUCUGUCACUUGACACGAACGAAUUCCUUGGAGAAAUCCCGGGGGAGGUUUUUGACCUACCAAUGCUGACUGUGGUCAACAUAAGCGGCAACAAUCUCACCGGACCAAUCCCAACGACGUUUACUCGCUGCGUUUCACUCGCCGCCGUUGAUCUUAGCCGGAACAUGCUUGACGGGGAGAUUCCCAAGGGGAUGAAAAACCUAACGGAUUUAAGCAUUUUCAAUGUGUCGAUAAACCAAAUCUCAGGGUCAGUCCCAGACGAGAUUCGCUUCAUGUUGAGUCUCACCACGCUGGAUCUCUCCUACAACAAUUUCAUCGGCAAGGUCCCUACCGGUGGUCAGUUUUUGGUCUUCAGCGACAAAUCCUUUGCAGGGAACCCGAAUCUCUGUAGUUCCCACUCUUGCCCUAAUUCCUCGUUGAAGAAGAGACGCGGCCCUUGGAGUUUGAAAUCGACGAGGGUGAUCGUCAUGGUGAUUGCACUGGCCACUGCGGCGAUUCUCGUGGCGGGGACGGAGUACAUGAGGAGGAGGAGGAAGCUGAAGCUUGCGAUGACGUGGAAGCUGACGGGGUUCCAGCGGCUGAACUUGAAAGCCGAGGAGGUGGUGGAGUGUCUAAAAGAAGAGAACAUAAUAGGAAAAGGAGGAGCAGGGAUCGUGUACCGCGGGUCCAUGAGAAACGGAAGCGACGUGGCAAUAAAGCGGUUGGUUGGAGCGGGGAGUGGAAGGAACGAUUACGGGUUCAAAGCGGAGAUAGAGACGGUGGGGAAGAUAAGGCACAGGAACAUAAUGAGGCUUUUGGGUUACGUGUCGAACAAGGAGACGAACUUGCUUCUGUAUGAGUACAUGCCGAAUGGGAGCUUAGGGGAGUGGCUGCAUGGUGCCAAGGGAGGUCAUUUAAAGUGGGAAAUGAGGUACAAGAUUGCGGUGGAAGCUGCAAAGGGACUAUGCUAUUUGCACCAUGAUUGUUCCCCUCUUAUCAUUCACAGGGAUGUCAAGUCUAAUAAUAUAUUGCUCGAUGCUCACUUUGAGGCUCAUGUUGCUGAUUUUGGCCUUGCCAAGUUCUUGUACGACCUUGGCUCCUCUCAGUCCAUGUCCUCCAUUGCUGGCUCCUACGGCUACAUUGCUCCAGAGUAUGCUUACACUUUGAAAGUGGACGAGAAAAGUGAUGUGUACAGCUUUGGCGUGGUGCUGUUGGAACUGAUAAUAGGGAGGAAGCCAGUUGGUGAGUUUGGAGACGGGGUGGACAUCGUUGGAUGGGUCAACAAAACGAGAUUGGAGCUCUCUCAGCCGUCGGAUGCAGCAGUAGUGUUGGCAGUGGUGGACCCAAGGCUUAGUGGGUAUCCAUUGAUAAGUGUCAUUUACAUGUUCAACAUAGCUAUGAUGUGUGUUAAAGAAGUGGGGCCCACUAGGCCUACCAUGAGGGAAGUAGUUCAUAUGCUCUCAAAUCCUCCUCACUCUACCACUCACACUCACAACCUAAUUAAUCUCUAGAUAGUUAAGCUCUAAGCUAUUUGCUCAUCUGUUGUUUGUCAGAAGUGAAGCAACAAAAUCAAAUGUGAAGUACAGAAUCAAAUGUAAAAUAGGUUUGAAUUCAUUUUGCGUUGGUGUCAACUGUCAAGUAAUUGGAAGGAUUUUCCCGAUUGUGUGUAUGCUCAAGAAUUUUUGUAGAAAAGAACUAUUGUUUAUAAAA